UAUGUAUGUAAUAUAAUUUGUAGCGUCGUUUAGUGUACUAUAUCCGCCGUCUUGUAUGUAUUGUUAAUAGUCAUUAUUGUGCCUUUAUCGCCUGCAAAACCUUCCAACGGCUAUGCCAUUAAGUACUUUAUUUUAAAAAUUCCAGCCAGCGGAAGCGUUGUUUAUCAUUUUGGCUAACUUGACAGUUAAAAGGUACAUCAGCUGUACAAGCGAGAGGGACACUGACCUAAUUCACUGUACAGCGGACAACAGCAACAACGACGACGACACCAACACACCAAAGCGACGGACCGAAAGUGAUGAAUCCGUGACUCUGCGUGAGGUGAAAGAGAGAUGCCAGCAGCUGUUAGCCUCAAGGUGCCUUAAACGCGUGUGAUCCUGGAUUAUACAGCAGCCUGAAGAGAUUGUGCGUGGGAUUUGGUGUCAUUAAAGAGAAAGCUCCACCAACCUGUCUGCCUAGAAGCCAAUACAGCGCUGACAACUGUGCUAUUGACUUCUGCAACUGAGAGAGAGAGAGAGAGAAAGAGGAGGAGGAGGAAAUCGGCAGAGAGAGAGAGAGAGAGAACUUGUCCUCCUGGAUGUAAGGGGUCUAUUGGUCACAGAGAUCAUUGUUCUGCAGAAGCUUCUCAAGGGAAAAGUAGCCAUUGAAAAGUCUAUAAUGGCUGAGCUGUCAUCAGCCCAGGUGACCGAGUGCACCUGAGCGUUACUGCUGCUGCACACAUUCAAACCACCAUCAGCCUCUUGGCAUUUGCUGCGCAGGAAAAAAAAAAAGAAGCUGAAUCCACUUAGUUGUGACUUCAGCAAGGAGGAAAAAACGUGACUGAAUCCCUCACAUUGUUUUUGUCUGGAUUAUUUUUACCUGGAUCUUUUUUUUCUUCCUGCUUUGGUGGCUUUACCUGGGACUGAAAAACAAGCAAGAGGAGGACAAAUGACUUCGUGGAUUUUGGACUGACUGAGCUGCUGCUGAUUAUAGCAGAGGAGGCUGCUGGAGCUCAAGCGUGUGUGUGUGCGCAGGAAUGCAAAUUCACAUAUGGAGGCAGACCAUAGAGCGUUGUGUUUGAGCAGCUGAGCCUGUGAAGGCCCCAGUGGCGGCCAUGUUGGAUCUCUUCCACAGAGUGCUGGUGUUGACCCGUCUUCACCCAUCACCUCACAGCACCUCGCUGCCAACCUAACUCCUCACUCUCUCUUCCCACAUCUCUUUCUUCCACCGCCUGGACGGGAGAAAGGUCCUAGGAAAAUGUCCUAUGCACACCGCAAGCUGCUCACCUGGAGCUUACCUCACCUCCUUCUCCUACCGCUGACCUACCUCUGGCUCUUGGCUCCUUCGACAGGUGUGUCUGCAAAUCUCUGCCGGGUGACCGGCGGGGUGCUAGGGAUCCACUGGAGCAGCAUCAUCAGCCUUGGUUGGCAUCCUCUGGCAGACGGGAGAGCCGGGGCAACAUGUUGGGAGUCCUGCUGCUUGAAGCCGAACUGUAACGCCGUGUGGAGCCUCGGCGGGCGCUGUGUGCUUCUCAGCUGCUCCCGUACGAGGGGCUGCCUCAUCUCCUCUCUGCCCCAGCCUCAUCAGGAGUCCCUCGGCCUCCUUCAGCAGCUUUCCAAGGGUCCGGUCACACCAAGACGCAGGAAGGCUCGUCAUGCAGGAAGCCACAAACCAUUUACAGGACAGCUUAUCAGCACGGAAAGCACCAAACUGGAAACAGCUCACCCAAGUCCAACAGUACCCAGCGCCAUCGCUUUUCCUCAUACAACCCAAAAGCACGUCAGUCAGUUAACCAGUGUGAGCGCUGACACCGCUCCGGCUCCCUCACAACAAAACUCAACGGUGGACGACACCUUUGAUACAGCUGCGUCUUCCAAUAGCAGUGAUGUCAGCACACCCACGGUGACUGCAACUGCGAUCAUCACAACUCCAACACAGGCUGUGAGGGAGCUGGUGGUGUCAGCAGGGGAGAGUGUAGAGGUCACGCUGCCACGCAAUGAGGUCGAACUCAACGCCUUCGUGGUCCCAACACCCCCGCCAGAGACAAACUAUGCAUUUGACUGGCGUCUGAUAACACAUCCCAAAGACUACAGUGGAGAGAUGGAGGGGAAGCACAGCAAGACACUGAAGCUCAGCAAGCUGACUGUGGGCCUGUACGAGUUUGAGGUGACAGUGGACGGGGAGGGGGCUCACGGAGAAGGUUACGUCAAUGUCACAGUCAAACCAGAGCCGCGGGUAAACAAGCCCCCUGUUGCCGUAGUUUCCCCAAAGUUCCAGGAGAUCUCCUUGCCAACCAGCUCUACGGUGAUAGAUGGCAGCCAGAGCACAGAUGAUGACAAGGUGGUGGAGUGGCACUGGGAAGAGGUCAAAGGACCCCUGAGGGAGGAGAAAGUCUCUGCCGACACCCCUGUCCUCACCCUUACCAGCUUGGUGCCUGGCAACUACACAUUCAGUUUGACUGUGAAGGACUCAGACGGAGCCACAAACUCGACGCAGGCCACUCUGUCUGUCAACAAAGCCAAGGACUACCGGCCUGUGGCCAAUGCCGGCCCCAACCAGGUCAUCACCUUGCCACGUAACUCCAUCACACUGUACGGCAACCAGAGCACAGACGACCAUGAUUCCCUGGCCUACGAGUGGUCACUCAGCUCAGAGAGCAAAGACAAGGUGGUGGAGAUGCAGGGCGUGCGGACACCGAUCCUGCAGCUGUCAGCCAUGCAGGAGGGAGACUACACUUUCCAGCUGACUGUGAUGGACUCAGCUGGACAGCAGGACACCGCCCAAGUCACAGUCAUUGUGCAGCCAGAAAACAAUAAGGCACCAGUAGCAGAUGCAGGACCGGAGAAAGAGCUGACUCUGCCAGUUGAUCGAACCACGCUGGACGGCAGUAAGAGCAGCGAUGACCAGAAGAUUGCCACCUACCACUGGAAACAGACCAAGGGUCCUGAUGGCGUGAAGAUCGAGAAUGCAGACAGUGCUGUUGCCACGGUGACAGGUCUCCAGGUUGGCAGAUACGAGUUCACCCUGACAGUAACUGAUGACAGGAAGCUGCAGAGUAGCGACACUGUCGUAGUCAUCGUCAGAGAAGAACUGGACCAGCCACCUGUGGCUCAUGUGUUGUCGAGUGCGUCCAUCUCUCUGCCUGUCAAGACCGCCACUCUGGAUGGAUCUCAUUCCACUGAUGACAAAGGUGGAGUCAGCUACUUGUGGGCCAGAGACGACAGCAGCCCCGCCGCUGGGGAUGUGCUGAACAACUCCGACCACCAGGCAGUGCUGUUUCUGGGAAACCUGGUAGCUGGGAAGUACAGCUUCACCCUGACUGUAACUGACAGUAAAGGACAGACCAGCACAGACAGAGGCACAGUGGAGGUCAAACCAGACGUAUGGGAGCGUGACCUGGUGGAGCUGGUGUUGGAGAUCUCUGUAUCCCAGGUCUCCCACCGUCAACGUGACAUGCUGCUGCGCCAGGUCGGGGUGUUACUGGGUGUGCUCGACAGCGACAUCAUUGUGCGAGAGAUCAGUGCGUUUAAUGAGCACAGUACUCGUUUGGUCUUCCUGGUGUCAGGUGGUCCAGGGCGCCCUCCUCUGUCUGGCCACAGCGUUGCACUCAGCCUACGUAACAAGCUGCGUAAACAAAAGAAUGACUUCCUCAUUUACAAGGCACGACGGGUGGAUACAGUCAUCUGCCAGCUGAACUGCUCCAGUCAUGGCGAGUGUGACUCAUUCACACGGCGCUGUGUCUGCCAUCCUUUCUGGAUGGAGAACUUCAUCAGAGCUCAGCUUGGUGACGCAGAGAGUAACUGCGAGUGGAGUGUACUCUAUGUGGUUAUAGCAUCCUUUUUGAUUGUCGUUGCUAUAGCAACAGUUGUCUGGGGAAUGGUGUGCUGUUGCAACAGACGUAAGAGCAGAGUACGCAGAAGCAAAAGCCGUUAUAAAAUACUGGAAGCUGACGAGCAAGACAGUCUGGAGCUACAACCACCGAGAGCUGGCCGUUUGAAGCCAGUACCCGCCCCCACCUCUUCCGCCCUCAUGCACUCGGACUCUGACCUGGACAGUGACGACGGGCACGGCGGGGUCCCGUGGACGGAGCAGGAGCGGGGGCACCUCCUGCGGCCCCAGAACGGCUCCCUGAGGAACGGCCAGGGUCCCGUGAGGGGCAAGAAGCAAAGAGAAGAGCUGCUAUAGCAAGAGAGGAGGGGGGGAGCUCGCCGCUGCCCUCACAUACACCUCCUCCAGCUGUCACACACCUCUGUUCCUCACGCUUCCCCUUUCUCUUUUGUUGUCGCUCAACACAAAAACCUCACGCCUCUCAUCCAUGAAGACGGACUGUGUGAUCCCUGGAUAUUAGAAAGAGGGAGAGAGGAAAAACAUGCUGGAAACAUGUUGUCCCACUGUCACAGAAAAAAAAAAAAAUACCACUAUACUGAAAUGUCCCUGCUCCCACACUGAGCCAGUACAGAGGAAGAAAGCUACCAUUUUGUGAAGAAUUAAGGGGGGUGAGCACUGUAUUUUGAAAAACUUAAAAGCAUAACGUACACUCCUAUAAUUUAACACAGAGACAUAAAGAAUGUACUGUUACCCCUCUUACUGAUGACACACGUUGGUUAGAGACUGUGGGAGAGAAGACUUUAAUCUGAGUGACACUUGACUUUCGGGAAGGGGGGGGGGGGGGCGGACGAAACAAAAAGAAACUCUGCUUCAAUGACACGAAAAACCAGCGAGCCCACAUGACACGCUCACACCUUGCCUCUCGUAGACACGCAUGUACGCACACAAACACACUCUUCAUGUUUUCACACUGUUCCAGGUCAAUGUGAUGCUACCAAACACUGCCAUGUUAAAAGAAAAAAACAAAACAAUGGUUAACUCUGCUCUAAUUAUUUUUGUUAAUAGCAGAAAAAACGGUGACUCAGCGGAAGGAACAACCAAAACAGAGCAACCAACAGCAAUGGACCCCCUUCCAAAAAAAAAAAACAAAAACAAACAAAAAAAACGUGCAUGAAGAGUGACAGAUUGCAGUUCUGGUACCAUUCGAUACCGGGAUGAUCGCCUGCAUGUUUGUUUGUUGAGUGUAUGUGUGCGCCCGACAUGGUGUGAUUUUCGCGGCUGCUGUGCCAAAAGUUGUUUCUUCAGAGCAGUUUGUAUGUUUUUAUGUCUGUUAAUUAACCCACGUGAAGAGUCACAGAUGUGUUUGAUUGUUUCUCAUUUAUGGCGGUCAGAUGCGUAGAACGUUAGGAAGAAAAAAAAAAAAUGCUGUUAUUAUUCCGGAGGCUUGCUUCUCUGUGGAUUAAGUCGCCGGGACACACACUGGAGUACACAACAAUAACGAGCGCGGUCUCUGCGGUCCUUGACAGAGGAAACAUAAUGAGGAAAAAGAAGAAGUUCACAACAGAUGGGACGAGAAAGGACACAGCUUCCUCACUCAUCUCAAUAUUCAUUUAUGUAACGACUGCUUGAACCAUGAAAAACCACUUUUCUGUUUGUUCGUUCGUUCACAAACAACCUUUAGGCUGUGAUUAGAUGUCGAUGCACUUUGAUUCCAUGUCUGUCAGCUUCAGUCUCAUUUUGUCUCCUGUUGGCUGAAAAGUUAUGGGUAAAGUUGAAAAGCCAUGAACGCAGGUGCUGGCUGCAUUUAAAUUACAUAUAAUACUUAACUUUCUUGACUUGAGAUCAUUUGAAAUGAUAAACUUUGGUAAACCUGAACGCGGCUGUAGUCCAGAUGCACCUCAGUAACCUCACUUGGUGACACAUCUGUAAACUUGAAUCAAUAGGUGUCACCAUAAUGAAUAAUACAUUUUAUGAAGUCAUUUUGGACUUUCUGUGCGAUUUCAGCAAACAAUGAUCUGUUUGGCUGUUUAGGAUGAGCACAUUUAUCCUUGCUUUCCUUUUGGUAAAUACUCAGUUAGUUUUACUUGAAUCAUACACAGUUCUUAGGAAAUCUGUUCGAAUGAAGAAAAAAAAAAGAUUUGACAUUAAUUUGGCAUCAUUACAUUUCCAUUUAAAGUGUGUUGUGCGUCCAGAUGGACCUGACUCUGCUAAAUCCCGAAAACAAAUUAUUACUUCCCACGAAUAGGAAAAAGAGCAUAAGGUCAAUCUGAGCGAUGUUUGCUUCUUCAGAGAGGACGUUGCCAUGGAUACACCAGUAAACAGGACACCGUACAUGAACAUAGAGGAGAAAGAAAGACAACAAAAGCUGCUUCUGUGUAUCGGUGAAGCUGUGUUUCUGUACUGAAGGAAACUUAAACCAAACGACUCUUCCCUGUAACAUCUCACCGUGUGAUUGCUUUGCAUGUAAAAUGUGAAACUGACUGACCUGUAAGUUGAUUUCCACAUGUUUUAAGUCACUUUUUUUCUUUGUUGAAUGUUUAAAGGGUAUGUCAUUGAUUCAGUUCAACUUGUACUCUGUGUGAAAUAAGCGAUCGUUUAAUUUUUUUUUUUUUUUUUGCAAAGAAAGUGUCUAUUUUGUAUUGUCGAAUCAUCUCAUGCUGAUGUCAGUUCUGCUGCACUAGUUUAGUACUCAGUGUACAUCAGGCCGAGGUGGAGAUGUUUUCAGUAUUCAGAUGUGCUGAAUUUAUCUGCCCGUCUUUGGCCGACUUGUGUGAGGCAAAGUAAAAAUCAAGCGCACCUAAGUGCCAACUCUGUAAAAUGUCAUCUCUUGAACAUUAUGAAAUAAUGUCGUCAUCUUCCCGUCUUCUUUGCACAUCAUGAGAAAAAGUUUAUGGAGUACAUAUCCAGAUUGGAUGUUGAUUCACUCUCAAAACCUCCAAAUUAUUUCAAUCUUUCAAUCUGUGUACUUUUUCCCAAAAAUAACCUCUCCUCAAAUUGGAAAGGUUUUUUUUUUUUUUUAUAACUAUCUGGCAAUACAAAAUUCAACAUUUCUUCUGUUACACCUACACGAUUGGCCAGCCACAGCUUGAAUUCGUAAGAAGUGAAUUGACCUCGACUCUGACGGAGUCCACUGUGAAGGCAGAGAGAGGAAAAACGGGGAGCAACUAUUAAAAAUGAAGGGAGUUUAAUUUAAAAACGUUUUGAAUAGAGUUUUAGUUUCUCCUUCUUUCUGUGUGACCACACCUGAUGCAACUGGAUAAUCUGUAAAUUAAAAAUAAAAUGUUUGAUUUUGUU